UUCUUGAUCAUAAUGAAUAACCUUCCAGUAACAAAUUAUUGUGUUGCGCCAUUCUUACCUCGUCUGAUAAGUCUCAGUGAGCAGCGUAAGCGCUUGUUAAGAAUGCUUACGUUAUUAUCUUUGUAUCGUAUUCGAUUUGAUUUUGAUGAAACUGUGCAAAUAAGCUCAAAUUCUGAUGUGUUUUUGUUUGAUCUAGUUACAGAUAUGUGUCUCUAUCGUCGAUUGGUUAUAGAACCAGACCGCAACGAACGCUAUGAAGUGUUGAUUCCCAAGUUACUGAUUGAAUAUAUUGACCAAGGCGUAAAGGAUGAUCGUUUAGAAUGGUUACUUUUACAAACUCUCAAGUCUCAAUCUGUUGAAUUCUUUUAUGAGUCGAAAUGUCGAAUUUUGGAAGGUCUUAUUGCGACACUGUUUUAUUUACAUUUUUCUCGGCAUCCUACAAACAGCUCAAUGUUUUCUACUCUUGGUCAAUUGUCUCGUGUUUGGAAUGAAAUGAAUUUACAAUUUUCUUCCGAAUCUGCUGCUUAUUAUAUGAAAUCUAUACAUUAUACCAGAACUGUAUCAGGAACAGAGAGAAUGACAUUUGGAAGCAAUGAUGAAUGGGAAAGGAUAGUGGAAGAAAUGUUAGAAUUUGAAAAGAUAUAUAUUCCAUUUCAUUCAACACCCUAUAGUCCAGAUAUAUUAUUCAAGUUGCAUGGAAGAACGAAUGAGAAGAACUUGAUGAUUGUGGGUAUUGCUUGUAAAGGCCGAUGGAGUCGUAAUGGUAUUCUAUGGAAUGAAAUUUUGGAAGAAGCUCACAAGUUUUUGAAACCAGUGCAUGAUCAAGUAUUGACUAGUCAUCCUACAUGGCAUUGUAUGUUGAUUAUCAUGAGUACUCAAUUAGCAACAAACGUAUCUGAGGACUUGAAUCAUUCUAGUCGUUGUUAUUCAUCUGGCGAUAGUGUUGAAGAAUUCGUGAUUCCUCAAAACUGUGAAUUGGUUAUUCUUUCUGAAGCCGAUGUAGAAAACUUUAUUGGAAGAGCCUAUUGAAGGGUUCUUAGAAUUCCAAGUUUAUAUUUCAACUUGUUGUUCUCAGGUUCUCAUCAUCAAAUGGAGGUGGUAGAGUAUAUCGAGUUAUGAAAGUUUAGAAAUCACAUCGUAUUAGCCUAACUCCAUGUUAUAGUUUAGAAAAAGUAUUUUCCUGUACUGAAGGAUCUAAUAACAAAGCAAUAGACGAGUUUUCAAUCUAUUCACAAAACGAAUAAAAAAAUUUAGGACCAA